AUGGUAUCGCCUCGUUUUUCAGUCUCCCGUUCACCGUCUCCACGUCGUUCUUCUUCCGCUGAGAAUGUCCGUAAAAGUUCAAUUUCUCGAUCCCACUCGACGUCUCCUUCUCGUUCUACUUCCAAUACUCAAGAUGUACCUCCUGACAAGAACAAAACGUCUAGUAUACAACCCAUAACAUUACGGGUUGAAAACCUCACGCGUAAUGUAAAUGCCGAUCAUUUACGUGAAAUUUUUGGAAAAUUUGGACUUGUCAUACGUGUGGAAAUGACAAUUCCUCGUGGAAAAGCAAGUGCCAUGGUAAUUUUUGCUAGUCAACAGGAUGCUGACAAUGCCAAGGAUCAUAUGCACGAUGGAUGGUUAGAUGGUAAUAAAUUACGAGUAUUGCUUGAUACAUGUCAAUCUGAGACGGACCAAAGGGUCACAAAUACUACUCGACGAACGGUGACGAAACCAUCGCUCUCGCCCGUGGUCGAAAUCGAUCGCCAAUUCGUGGAGGACGUGGACGACGUGGACCGUCACCUUUUCGAGGACGUAGUCGAAGUUUUAAUGCAAAUCGUCGUGGAGGACGAUCUCGUUCACCGGUGUUUCGACGACGUGCACCGUCACCGUUUCGAGGUGGACGACGUAGUCCAUUAA